AUGGGAAAACAACAUGGAACUAAUAAUCCAGCUGAUGAAAUACAAAUUUGUAAGAUCAGCGAACAGCGGAAAAAGUUCCGAAAUAAUACUUUGCAAAAUUUGAAUGUUACUGACACGCAUUAUAUUAAAGAAAAAGUUGAACGACACAGUCGAAUUGGAGCAGUUAGAUCAAUUUCCUCUGAUCCUCACCUUGAAUCUGUGAGGUUAAAUGCAAAUUACAGUCAAAAGUCAGAUUCAUCAUCUAUGGCAUUAAAUCAACCGGAUUUACAACGCGAGAGUCAUAUGAGCGAUGAAGAAGACCAAAUAAUAACAGAUCUCCAGUUACGUAUGACACAGUUAGUAACAUCAUGGUAUAAUUUGCACAAGAAAUGGCAUCAAAUAUAUGAACGACUAGAAUUACAACUUAGUAUUAAUGAAUUUGCAAGUGUCGCAGAUUCUUUGGAACAUUGGCUUGUACUUCAUUCAGCAGAAGUGGACUGUUUAGAUAUGGGUGAUUCUAUCAAGGAAACACAAAUAUUAAUUGAUCGAUUAAAUGUCUUGGAACGGAAUACUUUGCCACAAAUCAGCAGACAUGAAAAAGUUAAACAACUUACAAAGCUAACGUCAAAUACACUUGAAACUAAGAGUUUAAAUUCUAUAAGUGACUAUUUAAUGAGAAAACACGAAUGGAUUAAUCAUAAUUGUAAAUCUCGUGAUCGUUCCUGGUAUGAACUAUAUAUGGUCUUAAAUACAUCAGUUAAAGAGCUGUUAGCCUAUAAAAACAAAUCUGAUUACAAUGAAGAUAAUCCCCAAUCCAAUACAUUUCGUGGAGAGACUGGAUUACUGGUUGGACAAAAUCUAUUAACUGCCUGUGAAACAAAGGAUUAUACGAAACGAUCAAAUACAUUCCGCAUUACAUCUACGGCUACCGGAGCUCGGUAUCUAUUCCAAGCUCAAACCAGUGAAAUUAUGAGAAAGUGGCUAGAUUUUAUUCAAAAUAUCAACCGACAAACGAGAUCAACAUCAGGUCCAACCCUUAUCACUUUAUCGAGACCAUCUGAAGAAUUCCAGAAUCCUUUAGUCAUUGUAGAUAUGCACGAAACACUAACUACGUCGAAAAAAUUAACUUUAACACAAAUGUUUAGAUCAAACACAACUAAUCAAAUAUCAUGCAUGCGAAGACAUAGUUCAACCCAGGAUAAUGAUCUUACUAAUAAUAUGUUGGCGAACACAGAGUCACCACAAAUUCGAAUGAAACGAUUUCCUUCAGUGCGCACAAUGAGAGUAUUUUCACCAAGACAAGUAGUACGUUGGCUGACAUUUAAAUAUUCUUCUUUAUCACCCUCAUCCUCCUCCAGCAUGAGUCAUCAAACGCCUAAAUUGAUUAGAAGUAGUACAUCACAUAAUAUGGAAUCUGAACAGUCUGGUCAACCAACUCCAUUACUACGCAAAAGUUUAACUUAUGGUUCCUUGCAUAAAAUUAGUCGAUUUUCUAUUACACCAAAGAGUCAUAAAGAUACAUGA